UUUUUAUUAGUAAAAUAUUAGGGUCUCAGUACAAGCAACACUUGGCACUAACAAAAAUAACAAUGGCAGUAGCAUGUAGCAUAAUCGCAUAGGUCAUAGCAGAGCAAUCAUGUAAGCCAUUCCUAUAAAAGAGGCAGGGAUAAAGGAAUUUCAGAAAAGGGCCCAGAAAAUCAAAGAAGAAUGAUCAAAGAGAAGGUAAUUGCAGAGAAAGAGACCAUACCACAAGUUACUCAUUCCAGAAUGAAGUCACACAAUUUAAUAUUCUCCCUCCUCUCACGUGGUCCUCUAUGCAUUUCCUUUCCUUCCUCUCUGCCGUUUGGUGCAAAGGUCCUCUGCCAUUCGGUGCAAUGGUCCUCUGUCGUUCGGUGCAAAAUUCUCCUUCCUUCCUUUUGGCUUGACUCUUUGUCGUUCGGUCCUUCCUCUCGGAUUGACAAUCUGUCGUUCGGUGCAACAUCAAACACAUGGCCACUAAGUGUAACCGAUUCACCCACCUCAUUACUGUCAUGCCUGGCGUAUGUUACACUGAUCUUCAUGAACUUUUGGUUGGAGGCAAUAUGUUGAGAGAUAACAUCAUGUGUGCAACAGGAUCUAUUGAUGGAAAGUUCACUACCAAAUGCCUCUGUUCACAUGUGUUAAUGUAGAAGGCUUUGUGCCAGAUAAUGAAUGGAAAAGGGCCGUGGAGGCUACCAAUCAUAGGGAACAUACACAACCUCGUUGGCUCACUUCCCCAUCGUAGACUGAGAGAUUUAUCAGCAAAAUAUGGACCCUUGAUGCAUCUGAAGCUUGGAGAGGUUUGUACUAUUGUGGUUUCAUCUGCAGAGUGUGCUAAAGAAGUGUUAAAAACCCAUGAUCUUAUCUUUGCAUCAAGGCCUCCAAUACUAGCUUCAAAGAUAAUGUCUUAUGAUUCUAUGGGGAUUGCUUUUUCUCCUUAUGGUGAUUAUUGGAGACAGCUAAGGAAGAUUUGUGCGUUGGAGUUAUUAAGCUCGAAACGUGUCCAAUCUUUCCAGCCAAUCAGAGAGGAAGAGCUCACUAAAUUCAUCAAAAGCAUUGCUUCAAGAGAAGGGUCACCCAUCAAUCUCACCAAAGAAAUCCUUACAACAAUAUCUACAAUUGUUUCGAGGACAGCCCUUGGAAGCAAGUAUAGGGACCAUCAAAAGUUCAUAUCAGCUGUUAGGAAAGCCACAGAGGUCGCUGGAGGUUUUGACUUGGGAGAUUUGUACCCUUCUGCCGGAUGGCUUCAGAACAUCUCAGGGUUGAAGUCCAAGAUUGAACAGUAUCAUCAACAAACUGAUCAGAUAAUGCAAAGCAUCGUGGAUGAUCACAGAGAAGCUAAAUUAAGUGCUGCAAAAUGCCAGGGUGAACAAGUGGAGGAUGAUCUUGUAGAUGUGCUCAUGAAGGAGGAGUUUGGCCUAAGUGACAAUGGUAUCAAGGCGGUGAUUUUGGAUAUCUAUGGAGGGGGGAGUGAGACAUCAUCUACAACCAUAACAUGGGCAAUGGCAGAGAUUAUAAAAGAUGCAAGAGUAAUGAAGAAGGUACAAGCUGAGGUAAGAGAAGUAUUUGGUAAAGAAGGACAGGCUAAUGAAAGUGACAUGGAGAAUCUAAAAUAUUUGAAAUGUGUUGUGAAAGAGACAUUGAGACUGCACCCUCCUGGUCCUCUUCUACUUCCAAGAGAGUGUGGAGAAGCUUGUGAGAUAAAAGGGUAUGACAUACCAAUGAAAAGCAAGAUCAUUAUCAAUGCUUGGGCCAUUGGAAGAGACCCAAAUCAUUGGACUGAGGCAGAGAGGUUUUAUCCUGAGAGGUUCAUUGAAAGUGGUGUUGACUACAAAGGCAAUAAUUUUGAGUAUAUUCCAUUUGGUGCUGGAAGAAGAAUGUGCCCAGGCCUCACAUUUGGCUUGACCACUGUUGAGUUUCCUCUUGCAUUGUUAAUCUAUCAUUUUGAUUGGAAACUUCCCAAUGGAAUUAAGAAUGAAGAUUUGGAUAUGACUGAGGCCUUUGGAAUAUCCGUUGGUAGAAAAUAUGAUUUGCAACUAAUUCCUAUCACUUUCCGUCCUUGAAAGAGCUCAGAUUAAACAAAGUUUAUAUCGACUGUUUGUCAUCUUUUCCUUAGCCUU